AUUAAGGAUAAAUUUACUGCUUCAGAUAAAAUUUCAGCUUCAAAUUCGAUGAUGAGGAUGCAAAGAGCAGCGACAUCUCAAUCUAAUUACAGGAAUCCUUACAUUAAACACACAAUGUUUAAGCCAAAUAAGAAUUUAAUGAAGCAAUUAAUAGAGGAGAGCAAGAGAGAAAGGAAGAUAGAAAUUAACCAGACAAUGGAUAAGUUCAAGGAUAUCCUUUGUAAUCGGCAAAAGAGAAGAAAUAUAAAAAUAAAGAAGAAAAUUGCCAACUCAAGAAGUAUUAAAGGUUCUACUAGAGAUAACAGAGCCUUUAUAAGGAAGUUACAAGAGAGUAUAAAUACCUCAUUUGAUAAUGAGGAGAAGCAAGCCUACACUUCAAAGAAUCUCAAUGAUUAUUCUCUAUAUCCUAGUUCUAGAGGAAAGGAUUUUAAUCAGAGUUUUACAAGGAAAUCAGCGACUCAAAAUAUGGCUCAGAAUAUGAUUCAAAGUACAAAAUCUAAGGUCAAACAGUUUGCGAGGCUCAUGUCUGCCAGACCUGAGUUUCCUGAAAGAGUAUCUGAAUUCAGAAAAUUCAUCAACCUCAAAACCCUCCAAACAUCCCACCCCACCCACAGCACCACUACCAAAAGAAGCCUCUCCAAAACCAAUGCUUACUGUUCAGACUACAACUCCGCAGUGACAGUCCCUUCCUGUCCCCAGAAUUCAAGGCCAAGGGUCAGGACAAGUUUUGAGAAAUUAAGGAAGAUUUAGGUUUAGAAAUAGGAUUUGGGG